UUCUUUGGCGGAGCUGAGCGUGCGCGUGCGGAAUGACGUAGCCAUCCAGAAGUCUGUGCGAUGGCGGCGCAGUUGGGCGGCGGUCCCGGUUCGUCUCGGCCCGCAGCGGCUGCGGAUCACUCGGUGCUUGUGGUCGUUGGGGCGCUGCAGCCCAGCGGGCUGCUGGAGCUGGUACUGCGGCAAAUAGAAUCAGGUGUGCGCUGUUGGCAGGUGGAUCUGGAGGUUCCGGUUCUGGAUCAGCAGCUGAAGCUCUUUGUGUCGAGACAUUCGGCUUUUCUAUCUGAAGAUGUUCGAGGUCAGCGGACUCUGCAGCACAGUGGAGAGGUUCUGGAUACUCGGGUUGUGGUGAACCCGGCCCACAGCUUUGUCUGCUCAGAGGUCCAGCGGCUGGUCUGCAGCCCGUCUCGGCACAAGCUGCUGGUUCUGGCCGGUCAGUGUGUGGAGAACAGCGGAGACCUCGUCCUGCAGCAGGGCUGCUUCUCCUUCAGGGACUUUGUGCAGAUAUUUGCUGAUGAGGAGGUUGGGGAGCUGCUAAGUUCUGCUGACCCAGUUCAGAAGGCCAGUCUCACCCUCAGCUGUCCCGUUCUUGGGCUGUGGAAGGAAUCAGAGCUGCAGAAACAGAACCUGCAGGACUUCAUAAGCAUCCGGAUCAACCCGGGCCCCGUUCUGCCAGAGAUGGAGGGUCUGCAGGAGUUCACAGAGUACCUCUCUGAGUCACUGGAGCCCGACUCGCCCUUCAACCUGCUGGAGCCGCCCAGCACUGUGGGCUUCCUGAAGCUGUCCAGACCCUGCUGCUACGUCUUCCCAGGCGGGCGAGGAGACUCCGCCUUCUUCGCCGUCAACGGUUUCAAUGUCCUGGUAAACGGUGGCUCGGAUCCCCGGUCCUGCUACUGGAAGCUGGUCCGACACCUGGACAGGAUUGACUCAGUGCUCCUGACCCACAUUGGCGUUGAUAACCUGCCAGGCCUAAACAGCCUGCUGCUGAGGAAGGUGGCCGAGCAGAACCAAGAGGCUGCCGGAGCUGACCCCGGAGAGGACAGGAUGAAGAACCUCAUUUCUCCAGAGAUCGGCGUGGUUUUCUUCAACGCUCCUGACAGACUAAAGACCAUCAAGCCGGAUCCCAGCCUACUGCAGGGCUGUGACCAGGCAUCGGUCACUUUGCUAAACUUGCAGAAGCUGUCAAUAAGACCUGAACCUUUAAGCAGGCUCAAUGGACCCACCAUAGAACCACUGAUCUUGUUUCAAAAGAUGGGGGUGGGCCGUCUGGAGCUGUACAUCCUAAAUCCAGUCAGAGGCUGUAAGGACCUGGAAGCUUUGCUGCAGCUUUGGCCAAAUGGCAGCACCAGCACAAAGAGCCCAAGUCUUCCGCUAACGUGCCUAGUUUCCAUCUGUGCCUUGUUGGUUUGGCAUCCAUCCAGCCCCCAGGAGAGGAUUAUCAGAGUUCUCUUCCCCGGAUGCACUCCUCAGACCAAAAUCCUGGACGGUCUUGAAAAACUCUCACAUGUGGAUUUCCUCAAACAGCCGUCUGUGAGUCUGGAGGAGUUGGAAGCACCCAAAACCCAGAAACCUCUAAAGCGUGAAGAGAGUCGAGAAAGUCUCAAGUUCCCGUCCAAAGACCAUAAACCAAACAGUGCCUUACAGAAAGACAAACCUGCACGGGUCGAAGUACGAAAACCAGAAUUGAAGAUGAAGAGUAAAGCAGCAGGCGAAUCCGCCCCUAAAAAUGUAGAAGAAAAGGGCAAAGUGAAGGAGGCCGACAUGAAACCAAAGCAGGCAAAGACUUCUGAGAAACCUAAUCCAAAGAAAGACGCGCCAAAGGAGGACAAGAAGGAAGGGAAGAAGAAGGACGAGAAGUUGACUGCUCAUUCUGUGAAGAAGGAAGAUCUCACAGAGAGGAAGAAGGAAGUUGCGAAGAAGGACACAAGUCUGAAGGCUAAGAAAGAAGCUAAAAAUGAACCAAAAAAAGACAGUAAGAAGGACGGUAAACCCGAGGAGAAGAAACCAGUAAAAUUGCCGGUUAAAGAAGUGAAGAAAACUCCUGGAAUCCCUUCAACUGGAGCUACAGACCAAAAGAAAGGUUCAGGGAAAACUGGAAAUAUAAAGAAGGACGGAAUGCUUCCCAAGAAAGACCCGCUAAACAAGGAAACAAAAGGAAAGGUGGGAUCCAAGGAAAUCCAGAAGGAGGCCAAAAGCUCAAAGACUUCAACGCCUGAGGAUGUGACCGGGGAGCUCAGCAGGCUUUGUCUGGAAGAUGCCAACGGAAACAGGGGUCCGGAUAAGGAGACUACAGGGACGUCUGAGGGAACAUCAACCAGUGGGGACCAAACCUCCACAGCAGAGAGUCCAGAGAAGUUCCGCUCUGUGGAGGCGGACCAACAUUUAGUCAAAACUUCUUCACCUCUUGCCAAAACACCCAAAGGUGAGCUCAGUGUUAACUUUGACCUCACCCCAGCAACAUUCCUGGUGCCUGAGGGUUCCCCUAGAAUCCAGGCUGAGGAGAAAACUCUGGAGCUGGUUUCUCCUGCGGACUCUGCUCCAAACAGCGCUGGACACACCCCCUUCCAUCAGUCUCCUGAAGACAACACCAGAGGCUUUGGAGAGGACAGCAGCCUUGAGGCGAGAGGCUCCAGUCUGGGCUUUGAGGACUACCACCAGGGGGGCUCAUGCAGAACUUCAGAUAACAGCUCCAUGCGUGAAGGACUGGAAAACUCCACAUCAUCUCAGGAUAAAUAUUCCAGCCUUCUCAGUCCUGUCAUGGACAUGAUACCAGACUCCUCCCCUACCAUGACCUCAAUGCCAGCUGAGGUCGGCUCCCCCUUCUCCACUGAGGUUGAUUAUUCACUUUCAGUCUCUUCAGAGAGAGUUCCAUCCGCCAAAAUCUGUACAAACGAGCACAUAGUCGACUCAGACGGCAGCAGCGGCCCACUUCCUUCCAUCAGGUCUAACCAGAAUGGAUGUGGAUCCAGGGAGAACAUUCAUGAGAUGUCAGAGCUUACCUUGGAUGUUCCUCAUGAUGUUGACUUGUGCCUGGUGUCCCCCUGUGAGUUCCAGCAUCCGAGAACCGCAGAGAACCAUCAACAUCAGAUGAACCCCGGUGCCUCACUAGAUCUGUCUGAAAACGAUCCUUCCCAAAACCGAGACAGCAGUGAAACCUCAACCUAUAGUCAGGUCACGCCACCAACGUCAGUUAGUGACUCCCUGCCAACUGCCACAGACUCUGACAUCCCUCCCAGCACUGAGGACUGCCCCUCUAUCACCGCAGACCUGGACUCUGAUGAAGACUCCAGCACGUUCCUCCCUGGUCAGCCACACGAUCAUUCCAGUCAGCACUGCAUCAGCAGGCAUGACCCGCCACCAGCUCCGGUUAAAGACCUGCCCCCACUGCCAUUCCAGAGAGGGGCCUGCAUGACAGACCCAGAGGCUGACAAAGGCCCGAAGACCCUCCCUGCCAAGAAGAAACCGCUGCAGAGAACUGCAUCAGGGAGCAGCUCUGUCCAGAGCACCAGGUCCAAAGCUAGUUCCAGCGGGUCCAUGAAAACCAGUCUGGAGACCAAACCAUCAGCACGAAAUUCGCUUGGUGGAUCCAAGGUUGGACCUGCAAGACCACAAUCAUCAGGUUCCAGGUCGGCUACUACUCCUGGUUCUGAAAGUCCGGUGGUUUAUGUGGACCUAGCCUAUCUUCCAUCUGGCGCUGCGUCCUCCACCGUCGACCAGGAUUUGUUUAGACGCCUGCGUUCUUCUUAUUAUAUCAUUAGUGGAGAUGAUCCGGUGAAGGAGGAGAUGAUGAGGAGCAUCUUGGAUGGUCUGCUGGAGGGGAAGAGCAGCUGGCCCAGCAUUCCGGUGACCCUCAUUCCAACCUUUGAUUCAAUGGUGAUGCACGAGUGGUACCAGGAGACGCACGAACGUCAGCGAGAGCUCAAUCUGACCGUGUUGGGUAGCAACAGUACUGUCGCCAUGCAGGAUGAGACGUUUCCCGCUUGUAAGGUGGAGUUUUAAACUCAGGUUCCACCCACCUGUCUUUCAACCUCGCAGCAGAAUGUACCUGCUAUACUGUAAGCGAGCAUGCUCAGAAAGAAAUGUAUACUCCAUGUUUUUCUUACCUGUGUGACAUCAUGGUCCUUUCCCAGCUGCUGGAUUAGCACCUUCAGUACAAAAAAUAAAACAGGUUUGAGCAGAACUUUCUUCUCACCUCGUUAAAGCAGGUUGAGCUUAUGUUUUCUUUUUUUUAAAGAGUCAGACCAGAACCUCUAGCUCACCUCGUUAAUGUUUGUUAAAUUCAAUAAAAAUUAGCUGGAUUAGAACUUAAACUGGGUUAUCUAAAUGGAAUUGAAUGAAAUGUUCUCUCAGACGAGGAUAUCUGGAUAAAUUAAAGUCAAAGGUUAUCGGAAAUAUUCAGAGUUAUGAGGAAAUUCUGUCAUUUGUUCACACUUGAUGCCAAAUGUCAGUCAGAACAAGGUCCAGACUAUAAAGACAGGAGUGUGUUUGCUGCGGAUGUUUUGAGCAAAGUCAUUAGAGUCCAUGAUGGCAUUAAAGGCUGCAUUCAAGCUAUCAGUUUCAGUAUGAAUGUUAAGGUCCCCCACUAUUAUGGCUGUCAGUAUUUAACACUAAAUCAGUUUGGAAGUCUGAAAACUGAGAGUAAGGAUCUGGUGUACGAUGCUAAACAAAAAAUAGAGGUUUAUUUUCAUGCCUAACAAAUCUGGGUUUAGGAUUAAGAAAGUUCAAUUGGCUUUGGAUUAAUCGGUUAGUCAGACUGAAAGAUGGUUGCUACCCCUUCCCCAGUACUUCUGGGAAAGUAAAAAGUUAAAUUACUAGAAGUUCACUCAAUUAUACUAAUGCAAUCCUCUUGCUGCAGCCAGGUUUCUGUGAGACAAAAUAAAUUAUUCUGAUUAUCACAAAUCAAUUUAUUGUCUAAAUCUUUGAGAGCAGUCUUAUGUUAAAAAAAAAUAAUUAUAAUUUCAUUAUAUUGUUUGCUCUUUUUAAGUCAUACUUAUUUAGUUUUUUUUUUUUUUUUUUUGCAAUUUACUCCAUUUAGAUUAUUUUCUAAUCUGUUAGUUUCUGGCUAUGAGCUAGACAGUCGCUGAGAGGGUUAAUGGGUGGGUAACGACAGGAAAGCUGCAUAUAGAUGUAUUCAACUACAACUCUGCUUCCUAGUCUGGACCCUGAGCUACCAGUUCUGGAGGACAAAUACAUUUGGCCGGAUUCCUAGAAGGAAGAGCUGCGGGAUGAAUGCUGAUCAAGAUUUUCCCUAAGAAGUUUGCUAAGAGCAGGGGAGAGGAUCAGACAGAGAGGCACCAAAAGAGACAGAGCUUAGAGCCAUAAUAGUGCUGAAAAUAACACUAAGCAAGCACGAUUAAAUAUGCUCAAGUACUUUGUGAAACUCGGGGUUCACAAAUUUGAUGAUUUGAACCCGAAAAACAAGAACUUGCAGAAUGUUUGUGUUCAUAUAACCGAGAAAUUCAAAAAAGCGAGGAUAAUUAAAUUACAGACAAAUUUUGGAGAUAAAUAUUCACACCGAUCCUGAAUUUUUAGCUGCAAUUUUGAUAAUCUACAGGGUAUUGUUUGUGGUUUUAGAUUCCUCCAUAUUUUGGCUGAUUUUAUUUCUAAUUCCAUUUUGGAUCAGCUGGCUCUGAAGAAAAAUUAAAAAGUUCAAACCCCUGAUAAUUUAACUAAACAUACAGAUUUCAAUGAAAAUAACUGUGUUAACUGUUCACAAACUGGACUGAUGUUAGGAAGAAAGUGCUGAAAGGAUCUAAUCAUGUACUAUCAAUGGGUCAGCAGGGGGCGAUUGUGUUUUAGCCAGACCAGAUAUUUCCUGACAGAUUCCCAUUCAUAUUUUGAAAUUCUGAAAAUUGUUAGUGAACACACGAGAGGCCAUUUCUUAUUUACAUCCUGGUUCUGUCUGACUCAGUAGAUCACUGUUGUUUUAUCUGUAUAUCCAAUUGGAUCCUCCAAGGUUCUGGUGUCCAUAUUAACUGCUCAUCUUUCAGGUCUCAUGAUUUUUAGUUCCUGUUCCACCUGAAGGUCCUGAUCCAGCAGGUGGCGCCUCUUCCACCUGAACUGACCUCAGAACGUUCUGUCUCCCCACACUCCCUCGUACUGUAGCAGUUGCAACAAUGCCUGCAUCUGCUAUAGCAGUUGCAGGCAUUGUUGGGGUACUUCAAAGCUGUAGGAGGGUAGUUGGUAGAUCAGUAUUCCUGUAGCUGUUAUAUUUUAUUUGUUUGUUGUUUUUUUUUAAUCUGACUGAAUCCGACUGUGUCCCACGUUUCAGAUUAUUUAUUUAAUUUAAUGUAAUAUCACAAAGUGUCCUUUAGGGCGGCGACUGUUCUUAAAGCUGCAGGCUGUUUUCGUCCUCCACUCAUCCUGAAGGUCUGUUAGAAAACAGACGAGACACUUCUGUCAUGCUCCUAUCAGAACCUGCUAAUGAGGUUCUGACGAUUUGCUUUUUACCUGCCCUCCCCCCCAGUCAGUGUCUGUCCUAAAACACUAGGGGUGACCUUUCAGAAUAAAAGUAGCUGUU